GCAAAAUCGACAACGGCCUCAGAUGUUAUUCUAUAUCGCUAAGCACCUUUAAGAAAAUGAAUGUAGCGCGAAAUGUAAAUCUUGCCAGAGGGCAGCCCUCCGGCAAGAAUCUUUCUGCCUGUGUAUUCGACACUAUAACUCAUGAUAAAACAGCGAGGUGGAUUAACUAGUUAGUCUAGAAGUGUAUAGGAAGAGGGAAGAGGCAAAAGAAGAGACAGAUUCAAGCAACGCAGUUUCAGCAGAGUGUCCAUUCCAUCAGUCGUUAUUAAAGGAGGUUACAUGAUGUCGUCUUCUGGAUCAACGCCCCCUCUAUCGUCGCCAGUGCCCAACAACAAUCACAUCUAUAAAAUAUCGGGGGUACCUUUCCCGGCAACACCCACCCGCUACACGGCCCCAGUUCAUAUCGAUGUGGGUGGCACCAUCUAUACCUCGUCAUUAGAAACACUUACAAAGUAUCCGGAGUCGAAGCUUGGAAAGAUGUUCAACGGAAGCAUCCCAAUUGUCCUUGACAGUCUCAAACAGCACUACUUCAUCGACAGAGAUGGUGAGAUCUUCCGCUAUAUUCUCAACUAUGUGCGAACCUCAGAACUUCUUCUUCCAGACCCGUUCCCACACCUCGACAUGUUACUUUACGAGGCCAAGUUUUAUGAUAUACCCGAUAUGAUCCGAGAUAUCGAGAAUUUGUCCAACAAACGUAAAUCAGGGCAUAAGAAAUAUAAAGAUGGCAGUGUGGCAGAAUGCUGCGAUUGUGUCGCAGUGAACGUCACUCCCGACCUCGGAGAACGUGUUUGUAUCAGCGCCGAGCGUCCUCUGGUGGAAGAGAUUUUCCCAGAAUUGAACUCCGCUCUCAUGGACUCUAGAAAUACGGGAUAUAAUCUUGAUAGCCGAUACGUCAUUAGGUUCCCUGUGAAUGGAUUCUGUAACCUGAAUUCCUUGCAAGUUAUGCAACGCUUGUUGCAGCAUGGCUUUGAUGUGGUCGCCUCUAACGGAGGAUCGGGAGAAGGACAACAAUUCAGUGAAUAUUUAUUUUGUAGGAAAGGGGGCGCUGCAACAAUAAUCAGUAAUUCAAACGAUAGAAGUAGCCCAAUAAGGUCAAAUUGAAUUCAAUGAAAUCAUACCAUUUGAAAUGAUGACCGGUUAAGCAUUGCUGGCUCUGAAGGUGUGAUUGUCUGAGGAAUAGCCAACUUUGCACAUACUAAGACCCCGGGCUAAGACUAUGAGAGAACGAACACAAUUAACAAUUACUUUUAUUUAUAGUGAUCAAGAAACAGCUAGAACACUCAUAAACUCGUCCAUCUUGACAGUACAUGCUCAAGUCGCCAGUGAAUAAGGUCUUAAAACCAAGUUCAUUAAGAGUAGUUAAAUGUGCAAAAGCAGGGACCAUAUUUGGAAAAGGUCGGGUUUUUCAGAAAUUGGAGUUGCGCGGCAAGUAAUUGCGUGGCCAAAGGCCGCGCAUCUGAGGAGACGAGGGGGUGUUCAGGGAAUCUGUACACCUGAAGUUUUUGUUAACAAGGAGGAUUGGCUCCCAGGGUU